AUGAACACCCUUACCUCGCUCUUCCUUAUCUGUUUCCUCCUCAUUGUUGCAUUCCAACAUGUGGAAUGCUCGACAGAAGGUGCCGAUACCUAUCUUCCAAGAACGGCCGUUGCUGUUCCUCUCACAUACGCAGCAGCUCCAAUCACGUAUGCUGCUCCUCUUGCCUAUGCUCCACCACCUGUAACCUAUGCAGCUCCCGUUGCCUAUGCACCACCGUGUCCACCUCCAGUAGCUGCUCCAUUGCCAGCUCCUGUCACUUAUGCAGCUCCUUAUGCUUAUGGAGGAGUGUAUGCAGCACCUUAUGCCGCACCGUAUGCAGCACCGUAUGCAGCUCCUUAUGUAGCACCUUAUGCAGCACCUGCUGUGGCAGCAACUCCAGUGAUUGUUGCAACGGCAGCAAAACCAUGUUAA